GGGAAAAAGCAAACUUGUCUAACGUGUGCCCAUUUCUUGUCUGCAUAUAAAUAAUGAGUUCAUGUCAUUACAAUUGGUCAUACAAGCGUAGUACACAAUUAUACUGAUCUUUUCUUCACCAUCAUCGUUCUGAUAAGUUUUCUUUGCAUAAUGCCUAGUAUGGGUCAGGAUCAGCUUCAUAUUUUUUUCUUUCCUUUCAUGGCUCAUGGUCAUAUCAUACCGACUAUAGAUAUGGCCAAGCUUUUUGCUUCUCGUGGUGUAAAAUCAACAGUUAUCACCACUCCUCUGAAUGCAAAAACCAUCUCCAAAACAAUCCAAAGAACCAAGAAUUCAGGUUUCGAUAUCGAUAUUCGGAUUCUGGAAUUCCCUGCAGAGGCUGGACUGCCAGAAGGAUGUGAAAACAUGGAUGUCAUCAUUUCUCACCAGGAUGGUAAAGAUUUGGUCAUGAAGUUUUUCCGUGCUAUUGCUAGGCUUCAACAACCUCUGGAGAAUCUACUUGGAGAAUGCAAACCUGAUUGUCUUGUUGCUGAUAUGUUCUUUCCUUGGACUACUGAUGCUGCUGCUAAAUUUGGAAUUCCAAGGCUUGUUUUCCAUGGCAUUAAUUUCUUUUCUUUAUGUACUGGAGAGUGUAUUAAGCUUUAUGAGCCACACAAGAAGGUUUCAUCAGAUUCAGAACCUUUUGUCAUUCCUUAUCUUCCUGGAGAAAUAAAGUAUACAAGAAAGCAACUUCCAGAUUUUCUGAGACAGCAAGAAGAAAAUGAUUUCCUUAAGAUGGUGAAAGCUGUUAAAGAGUCAGAAUUAAAGAGCUAUGGUGUUAUUGUUAACAGUUUCUACGAACUCGAGUCAGUUUAUGCUGAUUUUUACAGGAAAGAAUUGGGCAGAAGAGCAUGGCACAUAGGUCCGCUUUCGUUAUGUAACAGCGGAAUUGAAGAUAAAACACAAAGAGGAAGAGAGGCAACAAUUGAUGAACAUGAGUGCACGAAAUGGCUUGAUUCCAAGAAACCCAAUUCUAUUAUCUACAUAUGUUUUGGUAGUUUAGCCAACUUCACUGCCUCUCAGCUUAUGGAGCUUGCAGUAGGACUUGAAGCUUCAGGCCAGCAAUUCAUUUGGGUGGUGAGGAGAAACAAGAAAAGUCAAGAAGAAGACGAUGAAGAAUGGCUGCCUAAAGGGUUUGAAGAAAGAAUGGAAGGUAAAGGGAUGAUCAUAAGAGGCUGGGCACCACAGGUUUUGAUUCUUGAUCACGAGGCAAUUGGAGGAUUCGUUACUCAUUGUGGAUGGAACUCAACACUUGAAGGUAUAACAGCAGGUAAACCAAUGGUAACAUGGCCUAUUUCUGCUGAGCAAUUCUACAAUGAGAAGCUGGUGACUGAGAUCUUGAAGAUUGGGACUGGUGUUGGUGUAAAAGAAUGGGUUAAAUUUCAUGGUGAUCAUGUUACGAGUGAGGCUGUAGAGAAGGCGAUAAAUCGAAUAAUGACAGGGGAAGAAGCAGAGGAAAUGAGGAGUAGAGCAAAGAAGCUAGCAGAAAUGGCAGGACAUGCCGUUGAAGAAGGCGGAUCGUCUUACUCUGAUCUCAAUGCUUUGGUUGAAGAAUUGAGACCCCGUCGCGGAUAUCAAAUGGACAGUGAUGCUAAAAGACAUCCUGAGCUUUACUUUUUCUUCUUCCCAUUUAUGGCUCAAGGCCAUAGUAUUCCACUCAUAGACAUGGCCAAACUAUUUGCAUCAAGAGGCCAAAAGGUAAGUAUAAUUACUACUCCUGUCAAUGCACCUGAUAUAUCCAAAGCAAUUGAGAGAAGCAGGGUUUUGGGUCAUGAAAUUGACAUUCUUAUCAUCAAAUUCCCUUGUGUGGAAGCUGGAUUGCCUGAAGGAUGUGAGCACUUGGAGUUGGUUACUUCACCUGAAAUGGGGUUAAAUUUUUUCAUGGCCACUGAUAUACUUGCUAAGCCACUUGAACAUCUCUUGAAACAGUACCGUCCUGAUUGUCUGGUUGCAGACACUUUCUUUCCAUGGUCUAAUGAAGCUGCAUCUAAAUCUGGUAUUCCAAGAAUUGUAUUUAGUGGAACUUGUUUCUUCUCUUCAUGUGCUUCACAGUGUGUGAAUAAAUAUCAGCCUUACAAGAACAUAUCAUCCGAUACCGAUCUUUUUGUCAUUCCAGAAUUUCCAGGUGAGAUCAAGUUGACAAGAAACCAACUUCCAGAAUUUGUUAUACAACAAACUGGCUUCUCUGAGUUCUAUCAGAAAGUAAAAGAAGCAGAAGCUAAAUGCUAUGGCGUUAUUGUCAAUAGCUUCUACGAGCUCGAACCCGAUUAUGUUGAUAAUUUCAAGAAAGUUUUAGGAAUCAAAGCAUGGAACAUUGGCCCCAUUUCAUUAUGCAAUAGUAACAUUCAGGAUAAAGCAAAGCGAGGGAGAGAAGCAUCUAUUGAUGAAAACGAGUGUUUGGGAUGGCUCAAUUCAAAGAAACCAAACUCUGUUAUUUAUAUUUGCUUUGGAAGUGUUGCGAAUUUCCUUUCUUCACAACUUCUUGAGAUUGCAAUGGGUCUUGAAGAUUCUGGGCAGCAGUUUAUUUGGGUGGUAAAGAAAAGCAAGAACAAUCAAGAAGAAUGGUUACCUGAGGGGUUUGAGAAAAGAAUGGAAGGGAAGGGACUAAUAAUACACGGAUGGGCACCUCAAGUAACGAUUCUUGAACAUGAAGCAAUUGGAGGAUUCGUAACUCAUUGCGGAUGGAAUUCAACGCUUGAAGCAAUAGCGGCAGGAGUGCCAAUGGUUACAUGGCCAGUAGCUGCUGAGCAGUUUUACAACGAAAAGUUGAUAACUGAGAUAUUAAGAAUUGGAGUUGCUGUGGGUACUAAAAAAUGGUCUAGAGUAGUUGGUGAUAGUGUGAAGAAAGAAGCCAUAAAGAAGGCAGUGACACAAGUUAUGGUGGAUAAGGAAGCAGAGGAAAUGAGAUGUAGGGCAAAAAACAUUGGAGAAAUGGCAAGAAAAGCAGUUUCGGAAGGUGGAUCUUCUUACUCUGAUUUUAAUGCCUUCAUUGAAGAAUUGAGGAGAAAAAAGUUCUUGCAAGAUCAAAUGGAAAGUGGAAAAAGAUCCGAGCUUUACUUUUUUUUCUUUCCAUUUAUGGCUCAAGGCCAUAGUAUUCCACUCAUAGACAUGGCCAAGCUAUUUGCAUCAAGAGGCCAAAAGGUAAGUAUAAUCACAACUCCUGUCAAUGCCCCUGAUAUUUCCAAAUCAAUUCAACGCAGCAGGGUUUUGGGACACAAAAUUGAUAUCGUAAUCAUCAAAUUCCCUUGCGUGGAGGCUGGAUUGCCUGAAGGAUGUGAGCACUUGGAGUUGGUUACUUCACCUGAAAUGGUGAGUGUUUUCUUCCAGGCCACUACUAUACUUGCUCAGCCACUUGAACAUCUCUUGAAAAAGUAUUGUCCUGAUUGUCUAGUCUCAGACACUUUCUUUCCAUGGUCAAAUAAAGUUGCAUCUAAAUUCGGAAUUCCAAGAAUUGUUUUCAGUGGAACAUGUUUCUUCUCUUCGUGUGCUUCACAGUGUAUGUAUUUAUACCAGCCUUGCAAGAAUGUAUCAUCCGAUACCGAUGUUUUUGUCAUUCCAAAUCUUCCAAGAGAGAUCAAGUUGACAAGAAACCAACUACCAGAGUUUGUUAAAGAAGAAACUAGCUUCUCUGACUACUAUAGAAAAGUGAAAGAAGCAGAAGCUAAAAGCUAUGGUGUUCUUGUCAAUAGCUUCUAUGAGCUCGAACCCACUUACGCCGAUCAUUACAGGAAUGUAUUGGGAAUAAAAGCAUGGCACAUUGGUCCAAUUUCGCUAUGCAAUAGUAACAAUCAAGAUAUGUUAAACAGAGGAAAAGAAGCUUCCAUUGAUGAAAAUGAGUGCUUAGAGUGGCUAAAUUCAAAGAAACCAAACUCAGUUGUCUAUAUAUGCUUUGGAAGUCUUGCGAAUUUCGUUUCGUCACAGCUUCUUGAGAUUGCAAUGGGUCUUGAAGAUUCAGGGCAGCAAUUUAUUUGGGUUGUAAAGAAAAGCAAGAGCAAUGAAGAAGAUUGGUUACCUGAUGGAUUUGAAGAAAGAAUGAAAGAGAAAGGACUAAUAAUAAGAGGAUGGGCACCUCAAGUGAUGAUUCUUGAACAUAAAGCAGUUGGAGGAUUUGUGACCCAUUGCGGAUGGAACUCUACGCUUGAAGCAGUAUCUGCAGGAGUGCCAAUGGUGACCUGGCCAGUAUCAGCAGAGCAGUUUUAUAACGAAAAGUUGAUAACUGAGGUGUUAAGAAUUGGAGUAGCUGUGGGUGCUCAGAAGUGGCUUAAAUUAGAAGGUGAUGGGGUGAAGAAAGAAGCUAUAAAUAAGGCAGUGACACAAGUUAUGGUGGGUGGUAAAGAAGCAGAGGAAAUGAGAUGCAGAGCGGAAAAGCUUGGAGAAAUGGCGAAGAAAGCAGUAGCAGAAGGUGGAUCUUCUCACUCUGAUUUUAAUACCUUGAUUGAAGGACUGAGGAGUAAGAAUUAAGAAAAUCUAGAAUCUUCAAUGAACAAUCAAGAUGGUUUUAUUUUCAAUGCUUUUAUCUGCGUAUCGGGUAGGAAAUUAUUUCUUUUCCAAUUCAAGAUUGUGUUUAGAUAAUGAUUGCCCAUUGAAAAUACUUUUCUUUGCGCCACUUAAAGCAUUUCCAGUAAGUAUAUCUGAUUUCUUGUGGUAUUGAAUUUUCUGGUGUUAAUGAAGUCAUUCACCCAAAAGAGUUGAUGUAGAACUGGGUCGGUUAUGGCGGUUGUGAAUCGGACUUGGGUUCUUAUUUUCCUGUGGUUACUUAGGAAUAUGCAUUGGGAAAAUGGAGAUGGCAAAGGAAGAAGGAAAUUAAGGUUGUUUGCCAUAAGAAAUCCUAUGCGUACCAGGCGUUUAUGAAAAUGCUUCAACCGAAUUGUCGUUCUUAUUGUUAGGUUGUUUCAGGCUCUGUUUGCUUCAUUUGGUUGCCACUUAUGCAGCAGCUUACCAGUUAGUUAUUAAAAGUCUGUUGUAAUUGUUUCUGCAAUCUUCGCUAUGAUCAGUUGAUUUGUUUUGUAAACCCAAUAUGUAGCUGUGCAUGAGAGAUGUAUACUGACGAUUAACAAUCACAAUAUUCUUGAUCUCUAA